UUUCACCUGUAUAUUCUGUGCCUCUGCAGAGGUGACCUCUCACUGUUUCAGGACUCUUCCUGACCCCCCUCCCCGUGCUGAUGCAGCGUGUUUCCGUGAGAACAAUGGCCCGUCACCGCAGCAACACAAACAGCAGCCGAACAAAGGCGGCCAUGUUUCCAGAAGGCCGUCCUCCCAUAAAUCCCGGCGGUGGCGUCGUGCGGCUGUGAGCUUUGAUCUGAGCUGCUGAGCGCCAUGCCUCUGCCCCGACGCCGCUCAUCCUUCCUGGGACAGUCGUCCUCGGAGCGCCACGCCCCCUCCUGCUGCGUGGGGAUCGGCUCGUGCUGCCCCGCGUCCCCCCGCGGCGUCUUCGUCGGCACCGCCCCUCCGAUCGCCGGAGCUUCCUGUUUGGGCACGCGGGUGUCUCGGCGCGCUCUGGGUAUCAGCAGCGUGUUCCUGCAGGGGAUGAGGAGCAGCGCCGCACCCGUGGUGCCGCGGGCGGGUCAAGGAGGGGGUCAAGGGGCGGGGUCGGCGGCGGGACUGAACAGCUGUCUGAUGGAGUACCGGGACAAAGUGAGGGCGCUGGAACAGCUGAACGAACAGCUGGAGACCCAGAUCCGCCUCAGCCUGGACCGCAAGGCGUCCAGCGCCGGAGCGUGGGGGGCGCUGCGCAAGGAGUGGGAGGACGUGUACAGACAGGUCAGUGAAGCCAUCCUGGACAACGCUCGGCUGAUGCUGCAGACGGAGAACGUCCAGGCCAGCGCUGAGGACUUCAAGGACAGGUUUGAGAACGAGCAGCCGUUCAGGCGAGCGCUGGAGGAGGAGAUCAGCUCUCUGUACAAAGUCAUCGAUGAGGCCAACCUGACGAGGACGGAGCUGGAGGAGCAGAUGGAGAACAUGAAAGCUGAACUACGCCACCUGGAGCACAACCAUGAGCAGGACGUCCGGGUCCUCUACAGCCAGAUGGCGGGGCGUGAGGUGGAUGAACCUGAUGCUCCCAUUGAGACGAGUCUGGAUCAGAUCCUGGACUACAUCAGGAACCACUGGGAGAAGGUGACAGAGAGGAACCGAGCCGAGACCGACAGCUACCUGGAGUGUAAGGAGGCUCAGUGUGUGAGCAGCAGACUGAGUCCUGAGGAGGAGCAGGUGGAAACGCUGAAGGCCGAGUGUAACGACGCCGGCUGCAAGAUCCAGAGUCUGCAGGCUGAGACCGAGUCCAUCAGAGCGCUGAAACGGGGUCUGGAGAAUUCUCUAGGCGACGCCCGUCACUGGCACGACAUGGAGCUUCAGAACCUGGGCUCUGUGGUCGCCAAGCUGGAGGCGGAGCUAGCUGAUGUACGGAGCGAGAUCGAGCAGCAGCGCCGUGACUACGACACGCUGCUAAACAACAAACAGCGCCUGGAGCAGGAGAUCGGCAUCUACCACGGCAUCCUGGACGGAGAGGAGCGACGCUUCCAGCCCGCCGAGGCCCAGUGUCCAGGUGUGCAGGCCGAGUACGAGGGAGCUUCUCCAGACUCCAGGACCGACCCUCCGGGUCCUCCAGGACAGUGAUGGGAGUGUUUGUGCGUGGACGCUGUGUGAACGCUCCUUAAUGAUGGUGGUGGCGUUUAUCAGAAAGCUUCAGUGAUCGUUUGAUUGGGUCUGAAUCUCAGCUCUGACAUCAGAGCUCCACUUCCUGUUUGAUGAUUACAAAUAUUUUUCAUAAAACAUUUUUUCCUAAA